AAACCCCUCAAAAGGCAAAGCCAAAACAAACUCUGACAUUGUAGGUUCAGUCCCAUAACCCCUCUCAGUCUCUCUCUCUCUCUCACUCUCAACUUCAAUACAGAGAAUUACCCUAGACCUAGAGAAGGAGGAUUGAAACUUGCAGCCUCUCCUUCAAAACCCUUACUUCUCCUUCAAGAUAGAGCAAAAUCAUGGGAACCUCUGCUACCAUUCUGUGUUUACUAGUUAUCUUGAAUUUCAUGUUUCAGCACUCUAUUUCAGAAACUAUACUGGUUGAUGGAGCUACAGAAUGGAAAAAUCCUAGUGUUCAUAUUGGAGAUUCUCUUGUAUUCAAACACAAAAAUCAGUACAAGCUCUACAUUUUCCAGAACAAAAAUGCUUUUGAUGUCUGCAACUUCUCUGAAGCUAUUCUUCUCACAAAACCCAACUCUGAUUCUUACAUGUGGAAUCCAUCACGCCCAGGUUUCUUCUACUUCACAUUCAACGAUGGGUCUCUAAAAAGCUGUGAAGAAAGUGAAAAAUUCCCAAUAAGGGUAUAUCCAAAACCACCUCCAAAUGGAGAUUUACUAGCACCAAAAUUCUCACCAUUACCAGCACCAUCACCAACAUCCGGUGGGAUAGUUUCGUCUUCACCAGCGCAUCACUGGCAUUUAAUUUCUCCUCAACCAAGUUCGUUUGCUCCAUCCCCAAAUUCCGCCAACGCUCCGGUAACAAUCCAGUCGGAGUUUCCCGGCAAAGGUGGUAGUAUGCCAUUUAUUAAUAGUAAUCCGGCCAUUCCUUUACCUACUGGUGAGACUGAUGCUACUGUUAUACGCCCAUUGCCAGCAUCUCAUGGUCAUGGCAGACAGCUGGUGGUGGGGUUGAUUGGAAUUCAAGUUCCUAUUCUCAUGAGUUGUGUGAUGUGGUUAAUGCUAUACUGAACUUCUUGUUCUAGUGUUUAUUUGGAGCGGCAGGGAGAUGUUUUUUUUUUUUUUGGUUUACCUUGUAAGAAAUGUGUCUGAAAUCAACUUUAGAUCAGGUAAUAUUUGUAUGUAAUUCUGGCUUUUGGAAAAUUCUAAGUCUUGCAGCAUCUUGUGUGCCAAAGUUUUGUGUAAUACAUUUUGGGUUUUACACUUUUGUUCCGGACAAAAAAGAACAAUUACUGCCUUGUCAUUUCUUUCCUUCCGAUGGUUUGAUUUGAACAAACAUUAUUCAA